AUGUCCACAGCUAAUAAGGACACUACAGAUACAGAAAUGUCCACAGCUAAUAAGGAAACUACAGAUACAGAAAUGUCCACAGCUAAUAAGGACACUACAGAUACAGAAAUGUCCACAGCUAAUAAGGACACUACAGAUACAGAAAUGUCCACAGCUAAUAAGGACACUACAGAUACAGAAAUGUCCACAGCUAAUAAGGACACUACAGAUACAGAAAUGUCCACAGCUAAUAAGGACACUACAGAUACAGAAAUGUCCACAGCUAAUAAGGAAACUACAGAUACAGAAAUGUCCACAGCUAAUAAGGACACUACAGAUACAGAAAUGUCCACAGCUAAUAAGGACACUACAGAUACAGUAAUGUCCACAGCUAAUAAGGACACUACAGAUACAGAAAUGUCCACAGCUAAUAGGGACACUGCCAAUUAA